GUCUCUCUUCUCCGCACUCUGACUUGUCGGAUGGCUACAAAUGUGUUCCUCGACAUUGGCAUAGGUAAUAAGGCCGCCUAUGCUGCUACAAUCAGAGACUAUGAAGACGCGCAAGGCUGGAUCGCUCGAAACGGCCCAAAGUAUUCUUUGCCUUCCUCGCUUGAAGAGCUCGACGACGUUCAACGAGAAGCUCUGUCGGAGAUAUAUCCAGGAGAGAUACCGUACGAAAAACCGGUCUCGCUGAUCGUUGGUCGGAUUAUCAUUGAACUUGACCCGUCAUCCGGAUUGCAGAAAACACGCGACAACUUCAUCACCCUGUGCAAGGGAGAUCGGGGCGUGUGCAAGAAUGCUCCUAACAAGAAGCUGCAUUAUCUUGGAACACCAAUUCAUCGGAUCGUUAAAGACUUCAUCGCUCAAGGAGGCGAUGUCACUAGAGGUGACGGUUCUGGUGGGGAAUCCAUCUACGGUGGCAAGUUCAACGACGAGAAGCCUGGUCUGAAAGCUAAGCCCGGCAGAGGAAGCAUUGCUAUGGCCAAUGCCGGAAAAAACAGCAACACGAGCCAGUUCUUUUUCGUUCUUGCGACGGAUCCAGCCCAAUUGAAGAAGAUCGAAGGCAAAUAUGUCGUUUUUGGCAGUGUCGUCGCCGGCCAGGACGUUCUCCAGAAGCUGAACGACAUUGGGACGAAGGACGGGGGUACGAUGUCUGAGGUUUGGAUAGAGAACUGCGGUGUAGUUUGA